AUGCAAAGAAGAUCUGGCUGCCUAAGGUCUCUGUUAAUAAGGAAAAUUGACAAAGGGGAGAAUAAUAUUGGAGACUCAAAUCCUUUUAAUAUUCUUACCGAGGCUAGUUUUGGAGAAUCUAACCAUGAAGUGGGUUCUAGUGAGCUUUUAAGGGUAGUUGAGGCUUUCAAUGAAUCUUCAAUCAUGUAUCAAGUUGCUAAAUCAAUUGAGAACUCUUCCGCUGAUGAUGCCCAGUUGGGAGUUUCUGCAAUCAAAGCUCCUUCUCUUAAGGUUGCUACAAGGGGUACCAGGCAGGCAUCUAAGGGAGUACCAAUUCUAGUGCAAAAUGUGAAGCAAAAGCAAAAGAGGAAAGGCAGCAAGAGGAAAGGUGUUGAUGAUAGUACUCCUGUUGUAAUCGAAGAUAUAGUUCCUGGUUUUAUCCCUCCUGAUGAUUAA